GUGUAGGGUUUUCUUUUGAAGAAAAAAAAUAUGAAUUUUAUAGCCUCUGAGUGUAGUAGUGGGAGUGAGUCCGGUUGGACUAAUUACUUAGAACAAUCUUUUCUAUCUGCCAAUCCAUCAAAGAAAAAGAAUGUUAAAAAGAGUGGGUUUUGUGAUGAACGUAGAGAGAAUAGAAGUAAACAAAGGGUUGUUGAUGAAGAAGAUCUUUCCAUGGUUUCUGAUGCAUCUUCAGGGCCUCCACAUUUCUAUGAAGAUAAUGGUGGUAACCAAUUAUACCAUAAAAAUAUGGUGCCCCAAGGUGUCACAUUGAAUAAAAAUGGCGGUGAUAAAAGGCAUAGAAAACUGCAGGUACAUGAAGACGAUGAUACUGCAAGCUCUCCUUUCAUCAAUCACUCCAAGAACAACAACAAUAAUCAUGCUCCUGUGGGUUUCUCUGCAACACACUUUGAGUCAUCUUCUCCCUCUGCAAACCAGCUACGAACCAGGGAAGAUCAGAUUUACAGGUGGUUUUAA